AUGGCUGCACUGGGUAAUAAGCUGAUUGAAUCUUUUAAGGACCAGCUUCACUGUGAUGUAAAUAUCAAACUUAGAGAUGGGGCAAUUCAUGCCCAUAGAAUAGUGUUGGUUUUGGGUUCAGAUUGGUUUAAGGCACGACUCAGUGAGAAUUGGGAGUCAGCAUCCGAUGUCAUCACUUGUGAUAUACACUCUACAGAUGUGACAAAAUCCAUGAUAGAAUUUUUGUACACUUCUCAUAUUGAUACUUCGAUUGAAAAUAUAGAGGAAAUUUACCAAGUUGCAGAUUAUUAUGGUGUGGAAGACUUGAUUCAGAAGUGUAUAAACUUCAUGCAGGAAAGCAUAUCCAUCAAGAAUUCACUGAAGAUUCUUUUGAUAGCACACAACAACCAAAUUGCUACCACAAAGACACAAUGCCUUCAGUUUGUAGACAUCCACAUGGAAGAUCUUUUUGGCUCAGCUGCAGAGGAUUUUUUCGAAUUGCCCCUUGGUCUAUUGAUUGACAUUAUCAGAAGAGAGAGUCUCUGUGUCCAUGAAGAACUUCUUUUCCAGAACAUCAACCUGUGGAUAAGCAUGGUUGGAGAGGAAGAGAGAAAGGUCACUUUAUGGAAGGAAGUGAUUCCGCAUGUUAGGUUUGGAAGGAUGUCGAUGGAUUUUUUCCUUGACCACAUAGUGACAAAGUGUAUACUUGAAGAUGGUUUUUCUCUUCUCGUUAUGCGUCAGCUAUCCACAUUAGAUGACACACUCCCUCUUCAAUACACUAAAAAGAGACAUAGUAUAACAUGCAAUGACAUUGUUGUCAACCGCUUUAGGAAUAUCAGUAAUGAGAGCACAUGGUUAGUUGACAACACUCUAGAUGGUGACAGAAUUUCCUUCUGUAUUAACCUUGACAACAUAAAACUGAAGGGUCUUCUUGUGUAUGGUAGAGCAGGGGCAUGUGGCCUCUUUUCUGUUUUGCUAUACACCGAAAACAGUCAAACACUUCUGCGUAAAACACAGGUAAAAGAACAAUGCUCUGAUGAACUCAGUAUUCCCAUUCUGUUCCCCACACCAGUGCUCCUGUUAAGAGACACGGUGUACACUGCAGUGUUGAGAGUCAAUGGUGGCCCAACAAGGUAUGGAGUUGGAGGCCUGCAUAGUACUUCAUUUGCCUUGGAAGAAAACACCACUCUUAUGGUGAAGUUUUCAACAGCGGGUAGUGGAAACACCAAUGUUAACACUGGACAAAUCAAGGGGCUCAUUUUCAGGGAAGUGUAAAUACUUUCACCUGUAUUAAGGUAGAACAAAACACCACACUCAGCAUUUUCUUUACAUUCUUGUUGUCCAAGUUUGUGUACAUUUUCGGACUUUUUCAUAAAA